ACGUCACACGACGACGACGACGACGGACGGGCGCGCAUCAUUUUCAUUUUGCUCUUCGAUUCGUGUUAAUGGCGUCUUCUCGCGCUCGGACUGACGCUUGGUCGCAGUAGGCAACGCAACGAAAAAAGUGAUUAAAUGCGCAAAGUGUGUCCGGAAUCGGAGUGGAAUCUGUGCUAAAAGUGGGGGAAUCUGCGUUCCCUUUUGGAAGAGUGUUUUCGGAGUUGCAGGUCGUGAGCUAGAGUGACAAUUAUGGAAGGUCGUCGGGCAACGCGGGGCGUAGCGCCAGCGGCAGCAGCUUCGGUGGCCGCAGCCGUUGUUCCCGGACCGGCGGAGGUGGCCAAGCGGGGUCGCAAAUCGACUGCACGGAAUCGAACGCCUUCGCCGCCACCGCGGAAGGCCUCUCCGGCGCGGAAGAGUCCCGGGAGGGGUCGACCACCGAAGGCGGCGAGUCCGGCGAGGAGGGCGUCGCCGGCUAGGAAGGCGAGUCCGGCCAGGAAGGCCAGUCCAGCGAGGAAGGCGUCCCCGGGACGGAAACCGGCCGCGGCCAAGGUGGCCGUGAAAGAGGCUGUUGUGACGACGACGACGACGACUAAGGUUUCUCCGGAGGAACCGCGACGAUCUGCGCGGAUAAGGAUUUCCGAACAACGGGACAAGAGUCCGGUGCUGAAGAAGACGCUUCGGGACAAGCAGCUGUCGGUUAUUUUGGACGACGCGGCGGAGGAACUGAGCAAGAAAGGAUCGCCGGCGAAGAGUUUGACCCCGAACACGAGUCAACGGUCGGUGGUGACCUCGACGGGAGGUCGUGCCACGGCGUCGCGAUCGGUCAGCGUGGCGAAUGAUUCGCAGGAGUUCUCCGACCACGAGGACAUGGAGUUCCAGAGCUUCCGCCGGGAUGACAACGGAGUUCGGGAAAAGUCGUACGCGAGGCGAAGUGCCUCAAAACAGCUGCAGGACCUGCGAGAGUUUGGAGGAAAUCUUGGAGCUGCGGCCGUGUUGCUUCUGGUGCCCGCCUUCAUCUUCUUCAUCAACCACUUUUGCUCGGGAGCGGCCCACCGGGAUUGCUCCUUCAAACUGCCCACCAACCUGGACGAAUUCAAGGCCAUUUCAACGUACUUUAACCGCGAGGUCGCCGUCAUCUUCCUGCUCUUCACGUGGGCCAUCGCCCUGAUCUCAACCAUCCCGAUCGGCAAAGCCGUCAAGAUCGUCGACGAAAUCCGCGGCCAGCAGAGCUACGUCUUCACCGGUCUGUCCUGCGCCACCUUCACCGGAUUGGCCGUCUUCGUCGCGGAAUACUGCUACAAAUACCCGCUCAUCAGCACCAUCAGCAAGGGCUACAACCAACUGCUGGUCAUCAGCCUCGUCCACGCCCUCAUCACCGCGCUCCUAGCCUUCGCCAAGUCCCGCUACGUCCCACAAACCGCCUGGAACCCGUACGCCAAAUCCGGCCGCAUCCUCUCCGACUUCUUCCUCGGUCGCGAAAUCAACCCGCUCUCCUUCAACACCAUCAACCUCAAGCUCGUCCACUACCACAUCUCCCUCACCCUGGCCCUCCUCUUCAACUCCAUCAUCCUGUACCGCAACGUCCACUUCCCAACCCUCCCCACCUCCGAAACCGACCUCCCCCUCCUCGACAAGCUGACCUUCAUCGCGCGCAACACCGAGUUCGAGCCCACCCCCGUCCUCGCCGCCUCCCUCACCAUCCUCUACCUGCUGGACCUGCUCGCCUACGAACAUCACCUCACGCACUCGUUCGACCUGCAAAGCGAAGGCUUCGGCGCCCAACUCCUGCUCCGGUACGCCGUGUUCCCCUUCACGCUGACCCUGCUCCCGAAAUACAUCGCCGCCCACAAGCUGCCGGAAGUGCCGGUGUGGGCCCUCGUCGCCGUGGCCGCGCUCUCCCUCGUCGGACUCGCCAUCAAGCGGUCCGCGAACCGCCUGAAGCACCAGUACCGGCUGAACCCACUCGGCGAGAAGUUUAUCGAUCUAGAGACGCUGCCCACGUUCCAGGGCCGCCGGCUGCUCGUGGCCAAGGCGUGGGGCCGGCUCCGUCAGCCCAAUUACGCCGGUGACAUCCUGCAGAGUGUGGCCCUGCUGCCGCUUCUUUAUUGGCGCUUUGCCUGGCCACCGCUGCUGGCGGUGCUCUUCACGGUGGCGCUGCUGGUUCACCGCGCCGCCCGCCUCAACGAGCGCAACGCCAAAAAGUACAACUCGGCCUGGCAGCGCUACUGCGCGUCGGUGCCGUACGCGCUGGUGCCGAAGGUGUUUUAAGGCGGUUUCGAUUUUUGACUGAGAGUUUUACACACGAUCGACACGUUACUUCUGUAAAAAGUUUUGGAAGGUUUCGUUUCUUAGAAUUGUAAUAAGAAAGCUAAAAAUUUAUCAUUUCUCUUAGCGGUUAGGCCUAGCAAAAUCGAACUCGACUUUAUUUCAAAACUUUCAGUUUAACUUUGGAUAGUGUUUGGCGAGAAAAGAAGACGGAAUGGCUAGAAUACGUAGAAGAAUCUUAUCGUUAGGACCAAUCAGUUCUAGAAAGAAAACAAAACAUUAAGCUAAGUUUUAGAUUUGCCCAACGAGGAGGCAUUUUUUUUAUUACGAUAGGACUGUACAAAUAGAACUUAAGUGAGUUUUAUUAGACGUAGUGAUAAAUGACAUUUUUGUGUGAGUGCCCCAAACCGGUUGAAUUUCGCGCACUGAACAUGAAGAGCAUUAGUUUUACAACUGAACAAAAACAGCAUUUUUUCUGUAUUUUCUCCUUUUUUUCUCACCCCCAACUGUAGAAUAAGGUGCAUUUUACUGUACUAUUUUUUUUUUUUAACACAAAGUUCUCUUUAUUAUAAUUUCGUUCUUUUCAACGAGAUACGUUUGCCAUCAAUUGAAAACGGUGAGAUUUAUUUUUGCACGUUUUGUGUUUUAUGGUUUAGGAAAAAACUAUCUCAAUGUACAGAAAACAAACGAGAGAACAGAGUUAGAUUUAUUUUGUGCUAGUUGAUAAGACACCUUUUUUUUCAUCUUUGCUCUACUUGCUGCUAGACAAUUAGUUUAGCUCACAAUUUUAGGAAUAAAGAUUUACAGACACAACACA